AUGAAAUACAGAUUUCUUUUUAAUUGGACGGUUAAGGAUGUCGCUGACCCCUUCCUUAUGAAAAAUCAACUGAAAUUUGAUUUUCGAGUCUAUGGCGUAAUUAAGAGCAUAAAUCCGCUCUCGAUCUACGGAAGGGAUGCUUCGAUUUCGCACAGAAAAGUACCAAAACCGACACUGUCUAACUUUGAAAACCUCUACGCUCACCUCACCAAUUACUCAUUGAAUAAAGUCGACCAAUCCUAUAUUCACAGCCUUUCAUUGAUGGAUCAUACCAGCUGGAGUAAGGGCCUAUUAUCCACAGUUUUCGAGCAGAUGGCCAAGUGA